UAUUCUGAAGGCGUGUGUUCUGUAGCUUCAGCAUCCCGAGGCUUUCACGGAAAUCGAGUCAUUUUACAAGGAGGGUACAGAAGCCAGGAGAUGAGAGGCGGGAACGCCCAGGUGCAUCCGGAGGGCGGGCAGAUAGUUGCCCCAGGUCCAGGUGCCGCGCCCCCGAGUGGAGGGGCCCUGGCCCCGCUCCGCCAGGCGGAAGCGCCUCUGCCAUUGGCCCGACGGCCGCUUUUACCUGCGCUGGGCCCGCGGCCCGAGCGCAAAGUCCGCGGCGCCGGGUCCAGGAGGCGGCGGUCGGCAGCGUAGAUGGGCCCCCGCCCUCGGCCAGGCAAGAUGCCGCUGGGGCUGCGGAGAAAGAAGCAAGCCAAGUCCCAGGAGGCCGCCCGGCUGGUGGGGGCAGAGCGGGCGGGCGCGCGUGGCAGCAGCCCCCCGGGCCCCGCGGUUGCCACUCGCGUGCUGGUUUUCCACACGCAACUGGCGCACGGCAGCGCCACGGGCAGAGUGGAGGAUUUCUCCAGCAUCCAGGAGCUCUACGACAAGAUCGCGGGCGUGUUUGAGAUCUCGCCGUCCGAGAAUGGACUGUUUCAUUCCUCUGUCUUUUCUCAUGCUGGGUUCACUUCUGAUAGUUGCUACUCACCUCUCCAGUCUCAACUUUUACCUCCUCCAAGAAGCCGCCUUCCUCCUGAAUCUGCCAGUCUAAAUGAGAUCUUAUAUUGCACUUUAAACACACCUAAAAUUGACAUGGAACGACUUUUAGGAGCACAAAUAGGUCUUGAAGAUUUCAUAUUUGCCCAUGUGAAAGGAAUAAAAAAAGAAGUGAAGGUGUAUAAAUCUGAGGAUUCACUUGGUCUCACCAUUACAGAUAAUGGUACUGGCUAUGCUUUUAUAAAGAGAAUUAAAGAUGGUAGCACAAUUGACUCAGUUAAAACAGUCUGUGUGGGGGAUCACAUUGAAUCCAUAAAUGGAGAAAAUAUUGUCGGGUGGCGUCACUAUGAUGUUGCUAAGAAGUUAAAAGACUUAAAAAAAGAAGAAUGCUUUACUUUGAAGUUAAUAGAACCUAAGAAGGCAUUUGACUAUCAGGCAGUUCUCAGAAGCAAAGACAGUGGUGAACAAGCCUUGGCAAAGUGCUGUUUUUCUCAGUUUUCUGAUGUGUCUCAUGUAUCAUUAAUUUUUAAAAAAUUAUUUUUGAUAGCUACCACAAUGUUUGAAGCUGGAAAGGACAAAGGUAAUCCAGAUGAGUUUGCUGUGGCACUUGACGAAACUCUUGGAGACUUUGCAUUCCCGGAUGAAUUUGUCUUUGAUGUUUGGGGAGCCAUCGGAGAUGCCAAGCGAGGAUGAUUCCAGUGUAGACAAUCCAUCUCUAGAGAAAUGAACCCAUUUAAAAAACAAACAGACCCAUAAAAACUGCUUUUAGACACUGUUUUGGACUGUGGUUUGUUUUUUUUGUGUGUGUGGAAUACAUUCUUUGAAGUAUAA